GACUCCAUUCCCACGAGGUCUAGAGAUGACUCCACACCAUUUCUGGAGCACAAUUCGAUUCAAUUCGAUUUGCGCCAAAACAAUACAAUUGUUUCAAGGCGCUUUAUAGAGCCCAGGGCCUGAACCCCCUUAGAGCAAGCACAAUGGAAACAGGGGCAAGGAAAAAACUCACUCUUAAUCAGGAAUUCGAUUCCUGGAUCUGAAAGAUUCUGCUUUUCUCCGGCAAAUUCGUCGGAGGCCCACGCUUGAUUCAAGUUAGCUUGUUCAGAAUAAAAGACUUGUGGAAAACAGCUUAGCGAAAGAAUGUGUUUGUUCAGUCACUAGCCACGGGUUAGCUCGACACAGCACGAGGCACGUCUUCUGGUAACGAGUUGGUCUUCUUUCAAUACAUUACAAAAAAGUACAAACAUAAAUAUUGUAGAAUUUACAUUUGUGUGUAGGGGAGGGGAUGGGUGUGUCUGGAGGUCAAAAGGGGAUGUCUAGCUUGAACAGGCCUAUGGCCAGGUAGGGCCAUAUGGAUGCUAAUACCUUUGGCUUCAGCCAUCUUGUCGUGGCUGUAGACAAAAGCCACCUAACCACACAAAAAGUCAGGAACCAUGUCUGAUGGCUCCUCAACAUAGGCAAAAGGCCAGGAGCCACCUUGAUGUCUCUGUCAUGGUGCUAUGCAAACUAGGAAUGGGGAUUGUUUGAGAUGAAGUCUCUUAUGUUACACUGUAGUCUGAUAUAUGAAAUCACCUAAAUCUAACAGAUCCAAAUGGAUUUUUGUAACAUUGUGUUAAUAAUCUUGCCCAGAUUAAAAUGAUUUCCAUUGUGUUAAUAAUCUAGCCCAGAUUAAAAUUAUUUCCAAUUGCCACCUUGAUCUAUUACUGCAUAUAAAGAGGUAAGCCAUGUAAAUAUAUUCCAGUCAGUUAUUCAUUUAGUCUGGUCACGUGUGUUACUCAAGAGUACUGGACACACACCCCACACUGUGGUUAUGUGCUUGUGAUUGUUACCGUCAUGACAUUGUUUGGUUUAAAGUUUAGUUCAAAAUGACAAGCAACGUGCCCAUAACUCCGUUAACUGAAACGGCAUACCCUAAAAGCCAAGAGAAUUUAAAUGUUAAAAAGAACAAAGAACAGAUAGGUAGGCUAUUCUAAAGUAACACUAUGGAACUAUUGUAUCUUAAAAUAACAGCUUCAAAAUCAUUUUGGUGGUACAAUGGUGUUUAAUAUGGAGAAUGGCCUCUGUGCCGCUGCCCAUACCGUGCCUGUACGCUUAACGGCGCUAUGCACGUUUGAUAAACCGCCCCACUAGCCCCGCCCCCCACCAGAACGACCUAGUGCAUUAUUGCAGGACCUCUCGCGAUAGCGAUUUGACCCAUCCCGCGAGCUAUAAGAAAAAGCUAGCGCAGUAAUCUCUGUAUAAACAUCAUGGAACCAAAGAAACAGAAAAUAUUAUCAGAUGAGGCAAGGAAGCGUAAAAGAGAGGCCGACAAAGCAAGAGACCGGACUAGAGUCACGCUUGGAGCAGCUUUUGAUCGUUGGCGAGAGCUAAAAGAGACUAAAUGCAUGACAUAUGAUUCAGAGGUGGCCGUCCUUCUGCUGGACAAUUUCGAAGAGAGGGAGGCUACAGAAGUACCAAGGGGCCCUCCUCCUACAGAAGGUGGGUACGAGGUCAUCGUGAAGGUGGAGUGCCUGCUCCAGCUGUUCCGGAAGUGCUUCGAGUGCUGCUGUGAGUGCAGUAUCAGCACCAAGUGUGAGAGCUGGCUGUUCCUCGUGACGCAGAAGUGUCGGAAAUGUCGCUACAGCAAGGAGUGGACAAGCCACCCAAUCAGAGGCCCAGCAGACAACCAGCCGGUUGAAACGGUGGUCCUUGGACAAUCUGAGGCAUCAGAUGAGGAGGAGGAGGAUGAGGAAGAGGAGGACCACAGAGCCUCAAACCUGCACAGCCAGUUACCUGUGGUUGAGGUGCCUGUGACCGACACUUCAAUGGACGUGAAUAAUACAGCGAUCCACACAUCUGACUCUUUGGACAGCAGGUUAAAUGACCAUGAGGAGGAAGAAGGCACAAAAGACUGUAUUUCCCCUCUGCCUGGGCAAGAGAUGAUGGUUGAAAAAAUGAAAGAGGAAGAGUUUGAAAAUGAUGAAAUGGAACAUGAAGACAAAGUAGAUGGAGAAGAUGACGAAGAGUUGGAAGAGAUGCAUCGCGGUGAUGAUGAUGAUUGGGAUCCGAGCUCUGAGGAUCCGGAGCCGCUCUCAGAGUCUGAAGAUGAGGGUUUGGCUGCUCAAGCUAACCUCAAACCCCCCAUAAAGUCUGGGCCCAAAUCUAAUCCCAAUCCAAACGCAGAGCCAGAGGUCCUGCCUCUGGUGUGGUGCUGUGUCUGUGGGUCGGAGUUUAAGCGCACCUGCUUUGGGCAGCGCCACAGACGGCUAUACGGCUGCCUUCAGUGUGGGACCAAAGAUGGUGCCCAGAGGGACACCGCCACUGGCAACCAAGAGUCUAACACCAGUAACAACCAGGACACCACCACCACCACCAGUAACAACCAGGACACCAUCACCAGCAGCAGUAACAACCAGGACACCACCAGUAACAACCAGGACACCACCACCAAAGAUGGUGCUCAGCAGGCUUCCAGCAGUAAUGGUGAAGGGGUUGGCAUUCCAGGGAGUAUUUACAUUGGCACCCAGGGACUUCCCUCUAAUGGCUUCCGUACGGCGACCACAAGUGACAGCCAGGAAGCCACAAGCAACAACACUGAAGAAGCAUCAGACAAAGCCCUCUCUCAGUCGCUACACAUUAAGGACCUGUCCGUCCACUUCCGAGGUUUAAACGACUUCCAACACCAUGCUUUUCAUUGGCACGGCAUACUCCCGUUUCGCAAGCUCUGUGUGGACUGUGGCAAGUUCAUCACCAUGGUGAACAUAGUUGAGGGUGGACCCCCGCACAUCUGCGAGCACAAGGUCAAGCCCAUCGUCUGCCCAAGCUGUGGCAAAAGGUUUGCCACUAAGGUGGGACUCCAGACGCACACCAGCCGAAUCCACAAUGAGAAGUACAUGCUCUCCUGCCGCUACUGCCUCAAGGCUUUUAAAUCCCAUCAUGCCAAGCAGAAGCACGAGGCGAGUCACGUACAAGAGCUGCUGAGGUACCACUGCCCCGACUGUUCCCUGCGAUUCCCAGACCGCCCCAGUUGGUGCGCUCACAGGAAGAGCCACUGGCCCAAUGGAAAUCGCGUCUGUGAGGUCUGUAAUAAAGGGUUCCGCCAUGCAGGGGAGCUCAGUAGGCAUGUGCGGAUCCACACGGGCCAGAAGCCCUACGCCUGUGAGCAGUGCGACCGCUCCUUCAGCCAGCCAGGAAACCUCAAGUCCCACAUGCGCGUCCACACUGGGGAGAAACCCUUCAAGUGCCAGGACUGUGGGCAGUGCUUCAACCACAAUGUCAGCCUCAAGAACCACAUGCUGCUCCACCAUGAACCAGGAGCAGAGGGGAAGAAAGAUUUACAACUCACAUUUCGACAAAUGGAGGAUCAUAUGUAUUAUUUAGCUCAAGAAAAAGCAAGGGAGCGUGAAUGCUCGUCGUCAAAGAAGCGAGAACACGAAGAAGCAAAACGAAAGCGGGACAGGCGACGGCAGAAAACAAGGAUAAACAUUGGUGUGGCCUUUCCCACAUGGAAAUCGCUGAUGAGGGACAAAUGUUUUCAGAGUGACGCCGAAGUUGCCUCUUUUCUGUUGAAUAGAUUUGAUGGAAGUGGUACUCCAACAUGGCCAGGAACACAGAGGGGCCGUGAUGCUGAACCCUUACGAGACUUUAAGCACGACCACCAUGUUGGUGCGUACGAGGUGGUCGUGAAGUUGGAGUGCCUGCUACAGCUGUUCCAGAAGUGCUUUGAGUGCUGCAGUGGGUGCAGCAUCAGUACGGAGCGCGAGGGCUGCUUCUUCUACGUCACGCAGAAGUGUCUGAAAUGUCGCUACAGCAGGGAGUGGACAAGCCACCCACCUGACCAGAUCAUCAGAGACCCAGCAGACAACCAGGAGGUCAAAACAGAGGUCCUGCCAUCAUCUUCAUCAUCAUCAUCGGAGGAGGAGGAGGCGAGGGAGGAGGAGGAGACACACAAAACCUCAAACCUGAGCUCCCAGUUGGCUGAGGUUGAGGUGCUUCUGACCAACACUUUAAUGGAGGGGAGUGAUUCAGGUAUCCACACAGCUGACGCUUUGGACAGCAGGUCCAGUGACCAUGAGGAGGAAGACUGUGGAAAGAAGACUGUUGUAGAAGACUGUAUUGCCCCUCUCUCUGGGCAAGAGAUGAUGAUGAUGGUUGAGAAAAUUAAAGAGGAAGAGUUUGAAGAUGAUGAAAUAGAAGAAAAAGAAAUAGGACAUGAAGACAAAGUAGAAGGAGGAGAAGAAGAAGACGACGAGGAGGAAGACGACGACAACGUAGGUGGAGAUGAAGAAGAGUUGGAGAUGGAGGACAGCGAUGAAGAUGAUGGUUGGGAUCCGAGCUCUGAGGAUCUGGAGCAGCUCUCCGCAUCUGAAGAUGACGGUACUGCUGCUAAAUCCAACCUUAAACCCCAUAUGAACUCUAUGCACAAAUCUGAUCCCGAUUCAAAUGCAGCAGAGGCCGAUGUCCUCUUGCCACUUGUGUGGUGCUGUGUCUGCAGGUCUGGGUUUAAGCGCAACUGCUUCAGACAGCGGCACAAACGACUCUAUGGCUGCCUUAAGUGUGGCACCGAAGCACAUAGUCAGAGGGACACCAGCGGGGGCAGUCAAGAGUCUGAGAAAAUGGAGGAGGAAGGAGAGGGAAAAAAAUUAGGACAUUUAGAUGGAGAUGGAGACGGAGACGUAACCAGUAGCAACAAGGAAACCUGUAGUAAACAGGAAAGCGUCAGAUGUAACAACCGCGACAUCUCUAAUGGUGGCAACCAACAAUCCACCCACGGUUCAAAACAAUGGAUUGCAAGUGAUGGCAACCAAGAAAGUGGCGGUUUGAGCAGCCAAGGAGUAACUACUAGCAGUAGCAGCCAAGGAGUAACUACUAGCAGUAGCAGCCAAGAAGCCUCCAGCAGUAAUUGUGAAGGGGUUAGCAUUCCAGGGAGUAUUUACAUUGACAUCCAGGGACUUCCUUAUAAAAGCUACCAAGUGACCACCAAAAAUGACAGCCAGGAAGCCUCCAGAAAAAACACUGUAGAAGUACCAGACGAACUCCUCGCUCAGUCAAUAUAUAUUCUUUUUGAAAGUCUGAACACCUUUAAAGCCCACGCUAUACAAUGCCACGGCAUAAGCCGUUUUCGCAAUCUCUGUGUGGACUGUGGCAAGUUCAUUACCAUGGUGAACACAGUUGCGGGUGGACCCCCGCACAUCUGCGAGCACAAGGCCAAGCCCAUCGUCUGCCCAAGCUGUGGCAAAAGGUUUGCCACUAAGAUCGGGCUCCAGGCGCACAUCAGCCGAAUCCACAAUGAGAAGUACUUGCUCUCCUGCCGCUACUGCCUCAAGGCUUUUAAAUCCCAUCAUGCCAAGCAGAAGCACGAGGAGAGUCACGUACAAGAGCUGCUGAGGUACCACUGCCCCGACUGCCCAAUGCGAUUCCCAGACCGCCCCAGUUGGUGCGCUCACAGGAAGAGCCACUGGCCCAAUGGAAAUAGCAUCUGUGAGGUCUGUAAUAAGAGCUUCCCCCAUGUCGCUAAGCUCAUUAGACACAAGUUGGUCCACACGGGACAGAGGCCCUACAGCUGCAAGCAGUGCGACCGCUCCUUCAACCAGCCAGGGCACCUCAAGUCCCACAUGCGCGUCCACACAGGGGAGAAACCCUUCAAGUGCCAGGACUGUGGGCAGUGCUUCAACCACAACGUCAGCCUCAAGAACCACAUGCAGCGUCACCAUGAACCAGGAGCUGAGGGGAAGAAAGGCAAAGUUAGGUUGAGGAAAAAAAAGCAAAAAAACUGUUGAGAUUUACUGACCCCCCCCCCCUCCCUAUGAUAGUUGAGGACACUACAGAGGUGUUGAAGGAAAGACUAGCCAAUUUGUUCUGAUUUGCACACCUGCUCCAGAUGUUCCAGGGAAAAAGAGAUGCUGUACGAAGAUGAGGAGAAACUCUGUGAAGGUUGGCAGUCCAAGAUGACCAUGCCAGUACAAGGUGUUCAGAAAAGAUGGCUGGCAGAAAAGGUCAGAGGGAGACCACUGUUAGAAAGUUAUCAUGAAAUAUUUUCUUGUUUUGUAUUCACAAUUUUUCAGUAAAAUAAAUGUUUUCUAAUGUUUAA